AUGGCAGAGAGUGCAAAGCUUAUAGAUAACCUCAUUCAGCUACUAGAUGAACAUUCAAAUCUGAUUGCAGUUGCUAAGAAAGACAUUUCACAUCUACUGGAAUGCCUACAUGGCUUUCAAGAAUCUACACAAAAGUUACCUAGCAAAAAAAAUCAGUUGAAACAGUUGCGCAAGGAUAUCCGAAUGAUCGUGCACAGAGCUGAGGAUGCCAUUGAUAAGUUUCUAGUCAAAGCAAUGUUGCGCCAAGAAAAAAACGCAGCUGCAAAAUUGUUCUAUUUUGCCAAUCGCAUUGCUUCUAGGAGGAAUUUCAUAGAAGAGAUUCGAGACAUCAUUGUGAGGAUGGAGGAAAUUAAGCAAAACAAUCAGGAAGACCUUUCGCCCAGCCUAGUAGAUCUGGUUCCAUCAAAUGAAGAGGAACUGCAGGAUCCUUUCUUGGAAGAUGAUGAAGUGUGCGGCUUUGAGGAGAAAGCGCAACAACUGAUCAAGCAACUUCUUGAGGGAUCAAAUGAUACAGGUUAUGUUUCUAUUGUGGGUAUGCCUGGACUCGGAAAAACAACUCUCGCAAAGAUAAUCUAUAACAAUGUUCAAAUUUCAGAAAAAUUUGACUGCAAAAUUUGGGUUUAUGUGGGCAAGUCAGACAAAAUGAAGGAUGUUUGUCUUAAUAUUCUUAAAUGGUUCUCGGAGAGCAUUAAAGAAUAUCAAGAUAAGAAUAAGGACGAAUUGGCCAAAGUAAUCUUUGAUUUUUUGACUGAACGAAAGAGAUGUCUCAUUGUCCUGGACGACGUGUGGCAUCCGACCGUUGUGUCUUUUGUGGAACCAUUCAGUAAAAACAAGAAGGGUGACCGAAUCAUGAUCACCACUCGUUCUCAGACAGUGGCUCAAUAUGCCAAUAGAAAUCCUUACAAUAUGAAAUUUCUUACUUCUGAGGAAAGUAUUCGGUUGUUGGAAAGGAGGACUUUCGGCUUUAGAAGCUGUCCUGAUGAAUUAGUAGGACAUGUAAAAAGCAUUGCAGAAAAAUGUAAUGGAGUACCACUUGCAAUUACGGUAAUCGCACGAGCUUUAAGAGGUCGAAGGAACAAAAAGGACUGGAAAAGAGUUGAGAAAAAUGUAUUGCAGCACCUCUUAAAUAAAAAUGACCCUAAAAGCUGCUUGAAAUUUGUGGAAAUGAAUUACGACUAUUUGCCAGAAGAAAAGAAGGCUUGCUUCUUAUAUUGUGCCACCUUUCCUAGAGGUUCUGACAUACCGGCGUGGAAAUUGAUUCUCUUGUGGAUUGCUGAAGGGCUAAUAAAGUCCCAAGCCGAUUUUAGUCUCGAGGAGACAGCAGCGUUUUAUUUGAAUGAUCUUGCCCUUAGGAAUUUGGUUUUGGUGAAGAAAAGGAGUGCUGAUGGUCAAAUAAAGACAUGUCGUGUUCACGACAUGUUGCACGAGUUCUGCAAGAUGGAGGCUGCUAGUGAAUCUCUUUUUCAAGAAGUAUGUCUCACACCCGAUCAAUCUAUUCCUACUAUACAAGAUUCAAGUAAUUCUCGUCGAUUGUGUAUUCGAUCCUCAUUUCUGUAUGAUUUUAUAUCCACAAAACCAUUUUCACAGCAAGUUAGAUCUUUCUUAUGUUUUUCACCGGAGCAAAAUCGAAUUCACUUGUCCACUCCUGAUAUCCAACUCCUCCAUAGAGCAUUUCCCCUUAUCAGGGUCUUGAACAUUGAGUCUCUCGAAUUUCAUUUCACCCAGGAUUUUAGCAAGCUGAUUCAUUUGAGGUAUAUAGCUGUCUCAGGUGACUUCGACACCCUUCCUGAAUCCCUUGGUAAAUUUUGGAAUUUACAAACCAUUAUACUUAAUACAAGUACAUUAGAGCCCACCCUCGACAUAAAAGCAGACAUAUGGAACAUGUUAAGGCUGAGACAUCUGUACACCAAUAUUCCUGCAAAGUUGCCGCCACCUCCUACUCAGACAGAUAAACAUUCUUGUCUUCAAAUUCUUUAUAAGAUUUCACCAGAAAGUUGCAAGAAAGAUGUUUUUGCAAAGGCUCAUGAUAUAAGAAAGCUGAGCAUUCACGGGCAAUUGACAGAAAUUCUUCAAAGUAACAGCGACGAGUUCAGCAUUUUUCAUGAGCUAAAGUACCUGAAAGUUUUGAAACUAUUGAACAAUUGCAUAAGUAACUCGAUCGAAGGACGACUCCACCUUGCUCCAUAUCUUUUCAAAUCUUCACAUUGGCUGAAAAAAUUAACGUUGUCAAAUACAAGGUUCGAUUGGAGUGAUGCCGAUACAUUGGGCAACUUGCAGUGCCUUGAGGUCCUAAAAUUGAAAGAUAAUGCAUUCAUGGGAAUGUUAUGGAAGCCGAAGAGAGGAGGAUUUAGCCACCUUCAGGUCUUGUGGAUUGAGAAGGCAGACUUCAUUAAUUGGAAGGCUUCAGAUCGUCACUUCCCAAUGCUUAGGCACCUUGUUCUUAUCUCAUGUGAUACGCUUCGGGCUGUGCCAUAUGCGUUUGCUAAUAUAAGUAACCUUCAAGAGAUGUGGCUGAAGAACACAAUCAACGCAAUCAACUCUGCAGAAAAAAUAGAACGCAAGAAACAAGAGACGCAAGCUCCAGAUGAAACUGCAUUCAAGCUCAUAGUCCUUCCUGAAAAUGAUCCCAACGCCGCACAGUUAGGUUAAAGAGGAACUAAUCAAUCAUGACAUGCUGGGGGCCUGGAGUCGUGAAUAAAUAGAAUCCACUCUCAUAUGACUCACCGUGUCUCGGGUCGUCUGCAAUUCAUUCAUCUUACAAACUAGUCUCAAUAUCGGAACAUUUUUGUCUUUUAUUUACUCAGACAUUAAGAAAAAACAAAAAAUCCUGUGUGUGGUUUUGGUGAUGUCAAUUAGGUGUGCUCGUCUGUCAGUUUGAAAUUAACGUUAUUACUGGAUCUCUUGUCAAAUGUUUCUUUCUAUGUUCAAAAAUUGUACCAUUCCAAUGCUCUUGUGGCGGUUUUUUUU